GCGGCUGGGCGGGCGGGAGCGGCGGGCUUGGCGGCCGGCAGUCCUAGCGUCCGGGCUCCGGCUGUGCCGAGGGGCGCUCUUCGUCCGGCCCUCCCCGCGCGCGGAAUCCCUCCCGAGGCGCCCGCGCCCCCGGGCUCCCCGCCUCGCCCACCCCGCGGCCCCGAUGCCGAGGCAUGGAUAGAGCGGUGCUGCGCGCGGCGGCGAUGGGAGAGAAGAAGGAGGGCCGCGGCGGGGGGGACGCGGCGGCCGCGGACGGGGGCCCCGGGGCCGCGGCCAGUCGGGCGCUGCAGCAGUGCGGGCAGCUCCAGAAGCUCAUCGACAUCUCCAUCGGCAGCCUGCGCGGGCUGCGCACCAAGUGCGCCGUGUCCAACGACCUCACCCAGCAGGAGAUCCGGACCCUGGAGGCGAAGCUGGUUCGGUACAUUUGCAAGCAGCAGCAAUGCAAGCUGAGUGUGGCUCCUGGCGAGAGGACCUCAGAACUCAACAGCUACCCUCGCUUCAGUGACUGGCUGUGUACCUUCAAUGUGAGGCCAGAGGUGGUGCAGGAGAUCCUCAGCGAGCUCACACUGGAUGCCCUGCUGGACAUGAAUGAGGUCAAGGUGAAGGAGACGCUGAGGCGCUACGGGGCCAACGCCGAGGAGUGUGGCCGCCUGCAGUACGCCCUCGCCUGCCUGCGGAAAGUGACAGGUCUGGGAGGGGAGCACAAAGAUGACUCAGGCUGGAGUUCAUUGGACGCCCGGCGGGAAAGUGGCUCGGGGCCUUCCGCGGACACCCUCCCGCCAGCCGGCCCGCCCUGGCCCCCAGGGAGCACCCAGCUGGGCAGAAUGGGCAGCGGUGCCCAGGGCCCACGCUCCGUCUCCGUGUCGGCUCUGCCCACCUCGGACUCCCCGACCCCAGGCCCCUGCGAGGGCCUCGCGGACACCUGUAUCCCCCUGCACGCCAGCGGCCGGCUGACCCCCCGCGCCCUGCACAGCUUCAUCACCCCGCCGACCACGCCCCAGCUGCGAAGGCACACCAAGCUGAAGCCACCGCGGACGCCGCCCCCGCCCAGCCGCAAGGUCUUUCAGCUGCUGCCCAGCUUCCCCACGCUCACCCGGAGCAAGUCCCAUGAGUCUCAGCUGGGGAACCGCAUUGACGAGGUCUCCCCAAUGAGGUUUGAUCUCCCGUACGGAUCCCCACAGAUGGUACGAAGGGACAUCGGGCUGUCGGUGACUCACAGGUUCUCCACCAAGUCUUGGCUGUCGCAGGUCUGCCACGUGUGCCAGAAGAGCAUGAUGUUUGGAGUGAAAUGCAAGCACUGCAGAUUGAAGUGUCACAACAAGUGUACAAAAGAAGCCCCUGCCUGUAGAAUAUCCUUCCUUCCACAACCUAGGCUUCGGAGGACAGAAUCUGUCCCCUCAGACAUCAACAACCCGGUGGACAGAGCAGCUGAGCCCCAUUUCGGAACCCUCCCCAAAGCACUGACAAAGAAGGAGCACCCUCCAGCCAUGAACCACCUGGACUCCAGCAGCAACCCGUCCUCCACCACGUCCUCCACGCCCUCCUCGCCGGCACCCUUCCCGACAUCGUCCAAUCCAUCCAGUGCCACGACGCCCCCCAACCCGUCUCCCGGCCAGCGGGACAGCAGGUUCAACUUCCCAGCUGCCUACUUCAUUCAUCAUAGACAACAGUUUAUCUUUCCAGACAUUUCCGCAUUUCCGCAGGCGGCCCCGUCCCCUGAGGCAGCAGACAGUACCCGGCUCGACAACCAGCCAAAAGCAGACGUGUUGGAGGAUCGUGAAGGGGAGGCCGAGGAGACAGAGGCUGGCAAGUCAGAGGCCGAGGACGACGAGGACGAGGUGGACGACUUGCCGAGCUCCCGCCGGCCCUGGCGGGGCCCCAUCUCUCGCAAGGCCAGCCAGACUAGCGUGUACCUGCAGGAGUGGGACAUCCCCUUUGAGCAGGUGGAGCUGGGCGAGCCCAUCGGGCAGGGCCGCUGGGGCCGCGUGCACCGAGGCCGCUGGCACGGCGAGGUGGCCAUCCGCCUGCUGGAGAUGGACGGCCACAACCAGGACCACCUGAAGCUGUUCAAGAAAGAGGUGAUGAACUACCGGCAGACGCGGCAUGAGAACGUGGUGCUCUUCAUGGGGGCCUGCAUGAACCCACCCCAUCUGGCCAUCAUCACCAGCUUCUGCAAGGGACGGACAUUGCACUCAUUUGUGAGGGACCCCAAGACAUCUCUGGACAUCAACAAGACCAGACAGAUUGCUCAGGAGAUCAUCAAGGGCAUGGGAUAUCUACAUGCCAAGGGCAUUGUGCACAAAGAUCUCAAAUCCAAGAACGUCUUCUAUGACAACGGCAAAGUGGUCAUCACAGACUUCGGGCUGUUUGGGAUCUCGGGCGUGGUCCGAGAGGGACGGCGUGAGAACCAGCUGAAGCUGUCACAUGACUGGCUGUGCUACUUGGCCCCGGAGAUUGUCCGCGAGAUGACCCCCGGGAAGGAUGAGGACCAGCUGCCGUUCUCCAAAGCUGCUGACGUCUAUGCAUUUGGGACUGUUUGGUAUGAACUUCAAGCAAGAGACUGGCCCUUUAAGAACCAAGCUGCAGAGGCCUUGAUCUGGCAGAUUGGAAGUGGAGAGGGAAUGAAGCGCGUCCUGGCCUCCGUCAGCCUGGGGAAGGAAGUCACUGAGAUCCUGUCUGCUUGCUGGGCUUUCGACCUGCAGGAGAGGCCCAGCUUCACCUUGCUGAUGGACAUGCUGGAGAAACUGCCCAAGCUGAACCGGCGGCUCUCCCACCCCGGCCACUUCUGGAAGUCCGCUGAGCGCUGGCGGAGCCGCUACUACGGGAAAGGACGUUACGGCCACCUGGACUUUAAGAACUCCUUUCCGGUUCUGGAGGAACACAUUAACAGCAGCAAAGUUGUACCCCGGUUCGAAAGGUUUGGCUUGGGCGUCCUGGAGCCCAGUAAUCCAAAGAUGUAGCCAACUUGUGCACUUUUUCUGCCGAUUUCUUUCUCUCUUAAACGCGGUCCUGAAACAUCCCAACAGCCGCCAACAACAAAAACAAAAACCCUCUCCGAGACAUCGGUCCACCCUCCCAAGUGCCGCAACCCAGGAACGCGACUCAUCGAUUCAGACCUUUCGUCCACGGAAACACCCGGGCUGGCAAUGGAGCUGCACCUGCUGUUUGUCUUAAAGUGACAUCACCAACAACCAGACCCGCCCUGACAGGCAGCAAACGUUUACAUAUACGUCUCUGUGGAGUGAACUCGCUGUUUUACAACAGGUACUAAGAAAAAGUGCUCUGCAGAAGUGGGCUGGCACCACCUGCCAGGCUGGUGGAAGCGACCCCACCCCCCUCCCCGGAGGCCCCUGUCGGCAGUGAGAAGGAAGAAAAGCACGGUGACUGUGGCUGUUCUCGGGGUAGGAUGGGGACCACAAGGUUCGACCUGGACUCUGCUUUGGCCCUAAACCCCAUCCGUGGGGAGUCUCCCUCUGUAGGGUUCUCCCCUGUCCUACCGGAAGGACACUGUCCCUUUUUCCUCUGGCAGAGGAAACCCUGGCUAGGAACCAAGCUGGAUUAUGAGGGUCGGGGGUUCCCAGCGAGCUGGGGUUCUCAUUCAGCCCCAGGGAUCCAGCCCCUACCUGCCAGAAAAGUAGAGACGGCUGAAACCCAAAUAACAUCUGGGCUGACCCAGUGGUUGGUAGCCAGGGUUUGUACGGCCUGUAGAGAGCUUUUCUUCCCGCGGCUUCCAGGAAGGCAGACGCUAAGGAGCUGGGACUCAUCCGUGUCCCUGGCUCACAUCUGAGCGAAGAGGCCAAGAGCGAAGGCCCAGCCCCACAGCUGUGCACACCAUGAAGGCUUGAUUGGUGAGAAGAAAGAAGGUAGGGGGAGAGAGAAGUGGCAGGCGGUAGGGUCCCUGAGCCCACCCUCCCAGCCACAGGGUGACCUGGCUCUUUGGGAGCCCGUCAGCCGUCAUGCCAAGGUUCCGGAACUGCCCACCCCUUCUCCCCCAGCCCUUUUCGAAGUCCUUGCCACUCCUGACUCUUCCGCUGCCCGCGUCUGAGUUCUCAGCUGGGACGGGAGGCCCGUGCCCCCCACGCCUUUCAUCUGGACCCACCCGGCCCCCAGUCUUCAGAGCCUUCCGUGAACCGAGUCCGGGCCACUUGUGUACAUUUGCGCCAGAAGGAGGGGCUUGACUGGGGAAAGUCGGUGACGUGAGAGCAUCCUGUCUGUCUUCGUCAGAAGCCGUCACCUAAAGAGAAAAGUUCCAAACGGGAGAGAAGCCUUCAGUGGACGUUACGCCAUGUUAGGCCCCAAACCAGAACUGACCAAGGGUGACGAGGGUGGAGACGUGGUUGGAUUCAGACCCAGAACCUGUGUCCAUGCUCUGAGCCAAGAUGGGGAGGUGUGUGGGCCACCCAUCCCUUUCGUUUAGACUCCCCCAGCAAAGCUCCCAAUCUUCAGAGCCUCCCCUGGAGUCUGGCCACAAUGUCCUGGGAAGUGGGCCACGGCCUCGAAGUCGUAGGGCCACCUUCCUGUCUCUGGGUCAGAUGCCCCCCGGCCUGACCCACACUCGCUUGGAGAGCGCAGCUGUGCAGCCGGGCAAGGGAUCCAGGCUCCCGCCCCCCACGAGCGCCCCAGACCCGAGCUCCUUUCCCUUCCUGGUCAGGGAAGACAGGAGCUGACACCCAGCUAGAGUCAGCCCCAGGUGGCUCUUCCCUCCUCCGUGAGACUGCUGGUCUCAUCCUGUCAUCCCUUGGCCUCCCCCCGUGGGCGUCACGCCCGCAGGUCAGUUCAAGAAGCUUUCGUCGAAUACCUACGGUGUCUUAUGAAAGUUCAGGGACCCGCGAUGGGAGCCGUCGCAGUCCCUGCCCUUAAGGAAUUGACACUUUGCCAGGAACCCUGAAGGAGAGCCGAAGGCCUGGGGGACACCCCCUUCGUCUUCAGGGCCCUGGACGGCCCCCCAGCUCUUGGCCUAGCCUCUGUGCUGCCUGUCAUUUAAAAAAAAAAAAAAGAGAAAAAACGUGGUCCCCUUCUCCUUCCGUCUCUUUAAGUGACUGUGAAUUGAGGUUGGGAACACGUGCUUGCCCUUCUGUGUGCUCUCCCCGUCUGCCAUGGAAACACACGAAGGACGGCAGAUACUGUGAAUUCAGCCCUCACGGCCAGCCGUGAAGGGGACGGAGAAGCUGGGAGGGCCUUCUUGGCGAGAGCUCUGGGGGCUGCGGAGGCCCCAGCGGGGUCUGAGAGUGGAGCCCAAGCUUUGGUCCUUCUUUACAGCAGGCCCCCAGUCCCCAACGUCCCCUCCCAAACCCUAGGGCCCAUGUCCCCGCUGCCUUUAUUCCCCCAAGCCGCAGUCCCUGGGUCCCCAUCCAACUCGAGAUCCCGAAUCCUAGCAAGCUCCCCCCGUUAGUCGAGGGCAGUGUAGCGAUGUUGACCUCUCUCGCGUCACCAAAUCCGCGCAGGGCGCUGGAAUCCUGCCCCGUCGUGGCCUUUCUUCUUGUGAUCACAGGGGGCAGCUGUGCGCCCUGUAAGCCUGUGUUGCCGUGGUUCUGUGUUGAUUUGGGGGGGGGGGGGGGGCGGGGUGGAAACACAAAUGUGAAGCCAUUUAGGGAGCUCGUACGAUGCUGCAGUGUUAGCCAGGAUUUCAUCAGUGUGUGUAAAGCCAGCGUCUUCCGUGGCCACAGGCACACGCCUGCUUUUUUUUUGAAUGUGAUGUAAAAUUUGUACAGUAAAAGUUUUUAUAUUUUCUAUCAACCGCAUUUGUCCUCCAGAAAUGCUAUUAAUUUAAAUUAAAACGGUUAGUAUUCAUGAACGUGCUGUUAGCAGUUUUUUGCCGCUGGCAAGAGCACAUCCUUUGUGCCAGGCCAAGGCUGGGUGUCUGGAGUUUGUGAAUAAAAUUGUACCAAGGUG